AUGUUUGCUAAGCUUGUGCUCAAGCCGAAGUUUAUGAACUUGGACAUGGUCACCAUUGCUACUUCCUACUCCUCUCUCAGCGGUGCUCCAUUUGCCCACUACUCUCCUUCCCCAAUUGCUGUAACGCAAGACGCUGUAACCGGCGAUGUCAAGAACCAACAUGAAGAACGUGACGGAGAUGUUGUCAAGGGAUACUACACCUUGGUCCAACCUGAUGGAGUCACCCGUACUGUCCACUACACCGCUGACUCCCACAACGGUUUCAACGCUGAAGUAGAAUACAAAGGAGAACCAAUUGUACAAAAAGCCGUAGUAACCAAGACCAUUGUUGCCGCUGCCCCAGUAUACAAAGCCUACCACCAUUAA